AAAAACGCAACGACCAAAUCUUAUAUACCUCGAAUAACAUUCGCCAAAAAACAAGUGGCUUUGUUAUUAUUUACAAAAAUAAAUUAUUUAACUUAAAACUAAAGUGUAAACAAUUUCCAAAAAAAAAAAUGUCUCAAAUGGUGCAAAUGACUACCGAACAAUUACAGCAACUCAUCGAAUCUGUACGCGUUUCAGCUGCCUCCGGAACUGUAGUGGCAGAAACCAAGUCCAAGGGAAGCUUCACUAAUUGUUGUUCCCUCUUUGGCGGCGAACGUGACUAUGAAUCAGUAGAAGAAUUCAUCACCUCAAUUGUCACAUAUAAAGAAGUCGAAUCGAUUAGUGAUGAGGAUGCCUUAAAAGGUAUUUCCUUGUUGUUCUAUGGUUUUGCCUCAACCUGGUGGCAAGGUGUGCGCAAGGAAGCUAAAACUUGGAAUGAUGUUUUGGUUCUCAUACGUGACCAUUUCUCACCCACCAAACCAGCCUAUCAAAUCUAUUUGGAAAUUUUCGAUAAGAAACAGGAAGACAAAUGUGCCAUAGAUACAUUUGUAUGCCAGAAGAGAGCUAUAUUGGCCCAAUUGGCCGAUGGUAGACAUGAUGAAGAAACCGAAAUUGAUUUAAUCUAUGGGUUGCUCAACAUCAAAUACCGCAAACAUAUUGCCCGUAAUGACAUUAAAACUUUCCGUGAAUUAUUGGAAAAGGGUCGUAUUAUCGAGCACAAUGUGAUGGAAGAUGAGGCCAAUCAACAGGGUCCUGCAAGAGGCGCCAAGGGCACUAAGAGAUGUACCUACUGCAAUUACCGAGGUCACACUUUUGAACAGUGUCGCAAACGUAAAAAUGGCGACGAAGCAUCAAAUAAUGGAGACUAAAUAACAAACCCAACUUAACAAAAAGUUGGAAACCAUGAUGCCAGUUCAUCACCACCAUCAAACUCAUUGUAUUUCAUACAAAAGAAAAACGAGACAUUUAAAAGAAAAUAUAUA